UUAGUUUAAGCUAACUUGCGGUGAAGUCUAGUCUUUAGAAAUAGAUAGAAUGUACUCCUAUCAAGUGAAAGAACUUAGUUUCAGUCAAGAGAAAAAGAAAUCUUGGAUUAAAUAUGCUAUCGCUAUAACUUUAUUAUGCUGCGUGUUGGCGUCCACUUUUGUGCCAAACUUCCUGCUAUACUAUGCAAGUAGCAACAAAUAUCACCCUCAGAUGCAAAGAUUUGCAUCAGACCUGAAGUAUAUAUUAAUUUGGACGACGAGCGAAGAUCAUUCGUACUUGGACCACAACGAGGGACAGAAAGAUUUUGUGAGACAACAGUGCCCGAUUUACAACUGUUAUAUUUCGUACAACAAGAGUUUGCUCAGAGGUGAUGUUCGCAACUAUGACGCUGUUAUUGUCAACAUAAGAGAAGUUUUAAAAUCUUACAUGCUGCAGCCUCAUCAAAAUUUUCAACGAUCCCCUCAUCAAGUUUACGUGUUCCAUGCUUUAGAUCCAUCUUCAAAAUAUUCGAUCUGCAAUCCCAAUCUCGACCAAUUCUUCAACUGGACCUGGUCCUACAAACUUAACUCAGAUAUUCCGCAUCCAUUUUUCAACAUCCAUAAUUUGAAAAGAGAAAUUAUCGGCCCUAAGAUAAAUAUAACCUGGCUUGAUAAGUUAAAGCAUGAUUCUAGAAAUAAAGAUUUGAUAAAGCGGAAGACAAAAUCAGUUGCCUGGUUACUAACGGAAUGCUCAUCGAAAGUGCUACAUGAGAAGUUUGUAACCCAAUUCCAAGCUGAAUUAGCCAAUUACAACUAUACCUUAGACGUAUACGGUGCUUGUGGACAUCAAAGCUGUUCUGAGAAAGGAAAAUUCAAAUGUUACAAGAUGAUAGAAAAGAACUAUUUUUUCAGUUUAGUAACAGAAGAGAUAAACUGCGAAGAUUGGGUGACUGAUAGAAUCAUUAAUACUUUGAACCACAUCUCUAUCCCCAUAGUUGUCGGACGAGCUAAUUACUCGAGUUUCCUUCCUCCCGGCUCCUACAUCGACGCGAAAGCCCACACAAUGAAAGAACUGGUCGGUAUCAUGAACUACCUCAUGACUUACCCUGACACCUACUCUUUCUUCUUCGAUUGGAAGAACCACUAUUACUACACACCUCGACCGAGGAACUACAUCUGCGAUCUGUGUUCCAGGAUGAAUGAGAACUAUAAGCCUCAAACGCUGAGUAAUGUGAGAAAGUGGUGGAAUCCGAAUUAUAUAAACAGGUGUGCUGCUAUGAGUGAUCCGUUCCUUGAAGGGGAUUAUGAUUAA